GCGCCGCCCCCGCGCGGCCGGCAGGUGGCGCGCUCCGCCAAGGUGGGGGGCGAGCGCGGCGCCGGCGCGCCCGGGGAUUCGGGGCGCCGCGCACCGACUUGGGCCUAAACGACUCCGCGAUCGUCAUUAUUUGUAACCAUAGAGCAUGAAUUACCUCUUGAGGUCAUCAGUGAGAAUUUACGACUGGUCAACAAAAGCACGUGAUUCCCAAACGCACCCACACCCUCCCCCCAUAUUUGGCCGCAUACAUAGCAAAAACGAAGUACAGUGCAUUGCUAUAAUUCAUUAAUACAUCAUAAAUCGUCAAGCACAGGGUUAUAACGACCACGAGCCACAAAUCAAGCCCUCCAAAAUAACCCAAAUGAGCUCUUACUUUGUAAACUCGUUCUCAGGGCGCUACCCAAAUGGCCCCGACUAUCAGUUACUAAAUUAUGGGACCAGCAGUUCCAUGAACGGUUCUUACAGAGAUUCAAGCACCAUGCAUUCCAGCUCUUAUGGCUACAACUACAAUGGGAUGGACCUUAGCAUCAACCGCUCAGCCUCCUCUAGUCACUUUGGGGCUGUGGGGGAGAGCUCCCGCGGUUUCCCUUCUCCAGCUCAGGAGAGCAGGUUUAGACAGGCGUCUAGCUGCUCCUUAUCUUCUCCCGACUCCCUUCCCUGCUCCAACAGCGAGAGCCAUGGAGGCAAACCCGCCCCGUCCCCCUCCGACCAAGCUACUUCUGCCAGCACCACCAACACAAAUUUCACAGAACUAGACGAGACCAGCGCGUCCUCGGGAGCCGACGAGGGCACUCCAAUAAGCAGCAGCAUCCCCCGAGCGCAGGCAGAGCCCAUCGCAACCUCCACCGCAGCAACAGAAGGGCAGGCACCUCAGAUAUUCCCUUGGAUGAGGAAACUUCACAUUAGCCAUGACAUGACUGGACCAGACGGUAAGAGGGCGAGGACAGCGUACACUCGCUACCAGACCCUGGAGUUGGAAAAGGAAUUCCACUUCAAUAGAUAUCUCACCCGCAGGAGGAGAAUAGAGAUCGCUCACGCUCUCUGCCUCUCCGAGCGCCAGAUCAAAAUCUGGUUCCAGAACAGGAGGAUGAAAUGGAAGAAGGAUAAUAAACUGAAAAGCAUGAGCUUAGCCUCGGCGGGCAGCGCCUUUCAGCCAUAAAUUCUAGAGGAGGAAUCGCGAGGAAAGAAGAGGAGACGAGAAAGAAAUACGUAAAUAAAUAAAUAAAGCGCCGCAGAUCUUAGUUUCGGAGUACUGUACAGUGAGGCACCUUCUUUUCGGCAUGUUGUUGAUAUUCUAAAACAACGCGUAUGGUACCGUUAUCCCAGGACUGAGUUCAUGUCGUGUUCCGUUUGGGCUUUGGGGUUUUUUUUUUUUAAAUUUUUUUUUUAAUUAAAUUUUAUUUCCAGACGCUCCUCACGCUCUUGUUGUUCUUAUAAAUGUCUGUGUCCGUGCUCUCUUGAUGCCUUCUGGAAAGCUAGCAUGUUUUAUGUGAGCCCUUUAAAUGUUAUAACUUAUUUAUAAAUUGAGAACAGAUACGAUUGUUUGUUUAUUUGUUGGGAUUUUCUUCCCUCCCACCCCCCCCCCCACCCCUUUCCUGAGUUUACUGGUUUUGGGUGAGUUCUUCUCUGCCUAAACUAAAAUCGGGGGUUCCUGCACUACAGUCGCAGAAAAAAAAAAAAACUAAAAAAAAACCAAACAAAAAUGUAAAAAAAGGAAAAAGACAAAAAAAAAAAAAAAGAAAAAGCUCUUGUAUCUUUCUGUCUUAAAAUUGUCCAGUCUGUGUUUUAGUUCGACCUUCAGGCCAGGAUUUCUAGUCCCAGGCUAAUUCUGAGACGUACUCUUAGACGUGGGUAAACUUCACUAUUAAAAAAGAAAUGUAUAAAAUCGGACCAACAAUAGAGUGCUCUAAUGUUUGUAAAUACUAGAAAUAUUUCUGAUGUGACUAAUAGACGGUUUGUAGUGGGCAGAGUGAAUGCAAUGUUAUGUGUAAAAAUGGCAUCUGUCAUGUCUAGCUGCCUGUUAGUACUUUGCCAAUAAGCUUUUUGUAUUUGUUUGUAGCUUUACUUGAAGUCAAAUAAACGUUUCUCCUAUUCA